AUGGCGACGCAAAAUCCCAAUCUCCCUCAACCGCGGCUCGGUGUCCCGUCUCGGAAUCCGCUGCCCUUGUCCGCUUCGCAGGAGUCGCAAGUUCGAGAUAUCUACUACGCUAGAGUGCGGAAACUGUGCGCUGAUGAAAUUAAAGCAUUCGCCGACUGCGCCCUCGGCCGAACAUUUAGCGUUUCAUUCGCCUGCAAAGCGGAAAACCACGCCAUGAAUGCCUGCAUGGUGCAGCACGCCACUCAAGACGAACAAGACAAAGCCCGAGAGGACUGGUUCGCGCUGCGAAUGGAGCGACAGAAGCAGCGCGAGAGGAAAGCCAAGAUGGCGGCUGCUCAAGAGGAGUUUAUGCGAGAGUGGUGGGGGCUUCCAGAGGAGGUGAGGCUGUCGAGGCAGAAGGAGAUGGAGAAGAGAGGGGAGAAGAUACCACCUGCGAGACAAGCGGCCGGCUCUAAAUAA